GACACACAGACUGAAAACCAGACGAUCUGAUUCACCUUCAGAUCAAAUUGACGACUUCCUCUGAGUGAGUUCAGCUCCAGGAGAGAAACGUGGAAAACUUCAUGACUGCUGCUUCAACCUGCCGACUCUCCACACACUGAAGCUUCACUCUGAGACAAAAUGGCUUCCAGAUCAGAGGAGGAUCUCUGCUGUCCCGUCUGUCAUGAGAUCUUUAGAGAUCCUGUUGUUCUGUCAUGUAGCCACAGCUUCUGUAAAGACUGUCUGAAGACCUGGUGGAGAGAGAAACCAACACGCGAGUGUCCAGUUUGUAAGACGUUGUCUUCAAAGAAACAUCCACCUUGUAACCUGGUGUUGAAGAACCUGUGUGAGGCCUUCUUGUUGGAGAGACAUCAGAGAGCUUCAGAGUAUUUCUGCAGUCUGCACUCUGAGAAACUCAGACUCUUCUGUCUGGACCAUCAGCAGCCAGUGUGUCUCGUCUGCAGAGACUCAGAACGACACACCAACCACACAUUCAGACCCAUCGAUGAAGCUGCACAACAACACAAGAAGAAACUUCAGGAAACUCUGGAGCCCUUAAAGGAGAAGCUGAAGGUUCUUGAACAAGUUAAAGUGAAGUUUGAUCAAACAGCAGAACACAUUAAGGUCCAGGCCCGACACACACAGAGGAGGAUUCAGGAUCAGUUUAAGAAGCUCCACCAGUUUCUGAAAGAGGAAGAGGAGGCCAGGAUGGCUGCACUGAGGGAGGAAGAGGAGCAGAAGAGUCAGAUGAUGAAGGAGAAGAUGGAGGCUCUGAGCAGACAGAUAGCAGCUCUUUCAGACACAGUCAGAGCCACAGAGGACGAGCUGAGAGCUGAAGACGUCUCAUUCCUGAACAACUACAAGGCUGCAGUGGAAAGAGUCCAGCAGCGCCCCCUGCUGGAUGAGCCACAGCUGCUCCCAGGAGCUCUGAUAGACGAGGCCAAACACCUGGGCAACCUGACCUUCAACAUCUGGAACAAGAUGAAGGAGAAGGUCUCCUACACUCCUGUGAUUCUGGAUCCAAACACUGCUGGUCCAAAAUUCAUCCUGUCUGAAGAUCUGAGCAGCGUGAGACGAGGAGAGAGACAGCAGCUUCCUGACAAUCCAGAGAGGUUUAAGUACUUGUUUGUUCUGGGCUCUGAGGGCUUUGACUCAGGGACUCACAGCUGGGAUGUUGAGGUUGGAGACAGAACAUACUGGGCACUGGGUGUGUGUACAGAGUCUGUCCAGAGGAAAGGACACAUACAGUCUGGACUGUGGAUAAUAUGGUUCAAUAAAGAUAAAUACUCAGCACGGUCACCAUCAGCUCCACCCACUGAUCUCGUAGUGCAGAAGAAGCUCCAGAGGAUCAGAGUGAAUCUGGACUGGAAUGGAGGAAAGCUGUGGUUCUCUGAUCCUGAUACUAACACACACAUACACACCUUCACACACACUUUCACUGACAGGAUGUUUCCAUUCAUUUACAGUGUGGGCAAUCUGAAGAUCUUACCAGUGAAGGUCUGUGUGACAGUGAAACAGAGCAGAUAGUCUUCAUUUGAAUUCAGUGAUUGUUGAACAACUACUCACUUCUAAUACGUGUCAGUAAAUUUAUUGUUGUAGAGGAAGAUAAUAAAUGAACAAACAUUUACAGCAGCAAGCAGAAGGAUUCAAAGAAUCUAAUAUUAAAUGUUAAAGUCGUAGUUAAAUCAGAAUCAAAUUUGUUGGUGAACAAUGUGAACCCAGAGACUCCAGGACAGCAGCGUUAAGGGAAAAAUAUCCAUCAAUAUACAUGAAGGUCGUGUUUUUAUGGCGUCUGAGAGCUCAACAAGCUCUUCAUCAGUGUGACAAGACGUGUGUGCAGCAUUUAGGAAGCAAACACACACAACACAAGCAAACACAGACACACUCUGUGUUUUCCAAACUUUUCCAAGACAUUCAAUGAUUUUUAACUCAGUCUGAUGUGCCUUCAGGGCUGAGUGCUGAUAUGAGAACAGGAACUGAGCUUUUCAGCAAACUGUCGUGUUUACCUCAUUACAUUAAAGACGUCUAUGUAACGUGUAACAUGUCAAUGUCCUCAGUUUAACCCAAAGCGACUCCUCUUCCUGAGCCUAACCAGGUAGUUUUUGUUCCAAACCAAUCAGCCACAACAUGAACCCCCUGACAGGUGAAGUGGAUCACAUUAAUCAUCUGUUUGUCUUCACUGCAGAGUUCUGCAGGGGAACCUUUGGCUUCUGCCAGUCAUGUGGAUGUUCCUUGACACCCACCACCCACAGCUGGGCCAUGAGGCGGGUGUCCUCCCACCUGGAGGCCCCACCCUCAAUACUCAGGACCCAAAGGAUCCAACAUUCCCGUGCUGUAACCACAAAAUCCCCCUAGAGGUCCUGAGUCCCUUCCCCUGACAGCUCAGAGCUGCUGUGGCAGCAUAAGGGGGACCUACGAAAUAUCAGGCAGGAGGUUUUCAUGUGGUGGCUGAUGGGAGUCUGUAAAUAAUUCUGUAACAGCAACAAUUAACAAGAACACACGAUGUGUGCAUACAAGUGGAGUGUAAACUGUAAGGCGGUGAUGGGACACAUAUGGAAUGAUAAUGCUGUAUGUGCAGUAUGCAUGUGUACAAAUGAACAGCCUCUCGGUGAGGAUGCUGUGUUCAUGUUAAAAUGAAGAGUUUAGAAUCUCAAACGUGAGGGGAAUCUAAGCUAACAUGAUCACAGCAGAUGGAGACGCGUCCUGCAUGUUCAUCGUUACCUUCCAGCUGCAGUGGGGCUCAAACUGUGGUGAGCAGGUACACACAGGUUGAAUGACACCUGGAGUGAAGUCAUGUGUGUCCUGCUGUCGGCUCAGAGGUGAGGAGGAACAUCUGUGUGAUGCUGACGGUGGCUCGUGCUUCCAAACAGUAAAGGAUCCAUAAAAGACAACCUGAGUUUUGUGUCAUCUCAUCCGCACGACACCAGAACUGAUUCUCACCUCAGAAUCUGCAGGUGUGACAGGUGUGUUUCCAGGACAGCAGCAGGCAGCCGAGUCAGAGUUUGAAGUAUUCAGACGACAAACGCGUGUAAAAAUACUCCGUUUCAAGUUAAAGUCCUGCUGCAUGUUCACGUUUCUGUCAGGCACACGUGGUGGAGGCAGCUCGCCGUUUGAAACCCUCUGCUGUAACGCACACACACACACACUGAUAACUGAAGCCAACACACACAGAAAAUGAUUGUAAUAAUUUAACAUUUAUUGUCAAAAAUGAAUGUGAAUCUACAGUGUUACAGGCACAAUCAGAAAACAGAAUAAAUCAGGUGCAUAAAACACA